CACAAGAGGAAAAGAAGAACAAGGAAAAAAAACAUCAUUCACACCCGAAACCCUCUCUUGAUCUCGCCGAGGAGGAGGAGGCAAUGGCCGCCGAGGAGGGAGUCGUGAUCGCGUGCCACACCAAGGAGGAGUUCGACGCCCAGAUGGACAAGGCCAAGGCCGCCGGCAAAGUGGUCAUCAUUGACUUCACUGCUUCCUGGUGCGGUCCUUGCCGCUUCAUCGCCCCUGUGUUUGCAGAAUACGCCAAGAAGUACCCUGGUGCUUUCUUCCUGAAGGUUGAUGUUGAUGAGCUGAAGGAAGUUGCUGAAAAGUACAACGUCGAGGCGAUGCCGACCUUCCUAUUCAUCAAGGAUGGUGCUGAGGCCGACAAGGUCAUCGGCGCCAGGAAGGACGACCUCCAGAACACCAUCGUGAAGCACGUCGGAGCUACUGCGUCUGCUUCUGCCUAAAAAUGGCAACAAUACCAGUUACAAAUAAGGGCCAGCACCUGGUGUUGUGGUAGACUAGUACUAGUACUAGUAGAAGAAUUAGCCACCAUUGUCGUGGCUUUGGCUUGAAUGUGACUGAACAUCAUGUGAAUUUGAUUCCGAGUUGUCCUUUUAAAUUCCUGAGAUAUAGCUGUUUGUGGAAGUUUGGAUCUGGCUAUUUUGUACGUAUGCAAGUUUGCGAGUAUUAAGCAAAUUAUAAAUAUGAUGAUGAUGCUGGCAAUCUUGUGCAGAUAA